GGUGCAUGGAAAAUGCAGCAAUGGCGGCGGCAGAUUCAAGGAGAGGGACUCUAACUUUUGGACUCUUGCCUUUCCUGGCAGCCAGCCGCUGGAAAAAACUGCUACAACUGUUCUGGAAACUUCUAGGACUAAACCUACAACAGUCAUGAUGACUAGCAGAAUAAUUUUAUCCACAAUGAAUUCAUCUUCUCAAACCAUCACCUCAGGCACAUCCACUAAGACAUCAGAAAAAGUGACAGCUAGAUCUGAGAGACCAACCUCAGCACUGUCUUCUGUAGCUACAAAUAUCGAAUCCACUAAUGUCAAAGCCACAGUCACUCCUGCCUUGGUCACCACUUCCAAAAUCAUGGUGACUCCUAAAAAAGAGACAACUUCUACAAGUAGCACCUCCAUCACAACCAGAAGUACAGUGCUUUCCAGCACUAUGGUUUCUUCUGAAACAACUCAGCAAAACACUACAACUAGUGGAGACAAAUAUCCAAAAUGGGCUUUUAUCCUCCUCCUUUGCACGACAGUCACAAUGUCUUUCCUGUUCCUGGCAUGUCUUGGCUGCUUGGUUGCCCGUUGUGUGAAAUCUGCCUCGUGUGUUCCUGAACCUGAGAAUGUAUACAGAAGUCAUGUUGUGCUCCAGAGUUUUCGGAAUCUUGGCUAUGAAAGGAAUCCACAAAUGCCCCGAGACAAUAACCAUGAGAUGCUGUAAAAUAAUCACCAACAGAUGUUUCAGAGUUCCCUGGAUUGAUAGCUACCUAACAGAAUGGAUUUCUUCCCAAUCUAUUUUUGAUUUUUUUUUUAUUCUUUUGCCAAAACAUUUACCUUUCUCCCAUCAUCUCAUACAUGAACAAACAGGGACAGGGAGAACUUUAUGUUGAUCUCUGGAUGUGUUAGUAAAUGGACUUAAUUUAUGUUCUCCAGAUGAAUAUGCAGAUGCUCUAUUUAUUCUUCAGGUGGCAUUCCUCUGAAUGCCACUGCAACCUUCAGCUCAUAAGUUAAAUCAAUGUUCCCUUGGAUCAAGUUUCAGUUUUGAUGAUUUCAUGGAUAUGUCUUUAUCGUUUUCUCAGCCACAGAAUGGAAUAGUUAGCUUCUGUCUCCUUUCAGUUUUAUUUUUCCUCUUUCCAAAUUCCAGCAUAGACUACAACCCAGUGGUGAAAUCCAAUUUUUUUUACUGCCGGUUCUGUGGGCGUGGCUUGGUGGGCGUGGCAUGGCUUGGUGGGCAUGGCAGGGAAAGGAUAUUGCAAAAUCUCCAUUCCCAUCCCACUCCAGGGGAAGGAUACUGCAAAAUCCUCAUUCCCUCCCUACUCCUGGGGCCAGUCAGAUGUGGUAUUUACUGAUUCUCUGAACUGCUCAAAAUUUCCGCUACCGGUUCUCCAGAACCUGUCAGAACCUGUUGGAUUUCACCCCUGCUACAACCAUAAUAUUUCACAGUCAUCUCGCAUCCAAGUACUGUACUAAUCAAAUUUCACUCUCCUUCACUGCUUGAAAUCUCUGACAAUCACCUUGUUCAAUAUUAAAAUAUAUGUAUUGAGGGUCAGUUUGGUUUGGUGUUUAAGGCAUCAGGCUAGAAACUGGGAGACUGUGAGUUCUAGUUCCAUCUUGGGCAUGAAGCCCAAUAGGUGAACUUGGGCCAGUCACUUUCUUUCAGUUCUAGGAAGGAGGCAAUGGUAAAUCUCUUCUGAAAAACUUUGCCAAGAAAACUGCAGGAAUUUGUCCUAGCAGUCUCUGAGAAUAAGACAAGAUUGAAUAAAAACGAAAAGAAAUACUUCAUUAGGGAAGGUUGGGGAAAACUGUACAACGCAAUUGCAAAUCUUUGUAUGAUAGUUCUUGAUACAAAAAAAAUGAAUCAGUUUUUGGCCUGAAUAGACUUUAAGUGUAAACAAACCAGAAAAAGAUGAAAUUUAUGUACUUCUUAAAAAUAAGACUGGGACUCAACAAAUCAAUGCUUUCGAAACUACUUCUGAAUGGCAGAAACAAUGGCUUAUGAUACAAGUAGUCCUCACUUAACAACCGGUCGCAGUUACAAUGGCCUCAGAAAGGACGAUUUAUGGCCCAUAAAGCACUUCUGACCAUUGUAAAACAAUGUGUGUCCCCCCACUCCCCAUGGAGUCACAUGACCAGGUGGCUGUUCUGGCAGAAAAAUGAUGAAAAAUGCCUGUUGGAUAUGCUCGAUUUGUUUAUCGUCCAUGUGGUUCACUUAAUCACCAUACGAUUCACAUAAUGACUGCAGUCUCUCGCUUUACAACCAUCAUGAAACAGUUGUAAAAUUGACUGUUAAUCCAUGGUUACCUAUUUAAUGACCACUUGACUUGCAACCAAGCUUUUGGGGCCAAUUGUGGUUGUUAAGUGAAGGCUACCUUUAUUCCUGCAUCAAGGCCCAGAUCUUCAAACUUUUUUCUUCUUCCAUACGAUGAUGUCUGAUUCUUCGAGAUUGCUCAGUAUGCAGCAACAUGAUUGAUUUUUUUCACUUUUUCUUUUCCUGUUUACAACGUAUCCCAGAAGUAGUUCUGACCAUCAGCUGUGAUCUGCCAAUUUUGUAUUUCCAGAGGUGUCAAGAAUUAGAUGCUGGGUAAAAAUCCUGAAAGCAGCUUUAGAAGUCUCCAUGUUGAGAGAGAAAUGGUAGUCUACAGCCUUGCUAGAAUCAUGUACUAUGUUGAUUUUGCUUCCAUUGAGGUAUUUCUAAAAUAGAAACAUAUUUCCUUACAAGUAUCUAGUAAGUACUCCUUACUGAGUACAAAAUGGAAACUUGCCAGUAUGUACCAUGUUACCCCGAAAAUAAGACCCUGUCUUAUAUUUUUUUGAACCCUGAAAUAAGCACUUGGCCUUAUUUUGGGGGAGGUCUUAUUAUUUUGGGGCGUGUGGAGUAAGAUGGGGCUCCUCUUGCCGUCUUACCUGAUUUCCAGCUCUGGGUUUAAAUAUUUUCAGGGUUUAUUUUCAGGGGGAGGCUUAUUUUAGUGCAUGUGCUCAAAAGCCCGAUUGGGCUUAUUAUCAGGGGAUGUCUUAUUUUUGAGGAAACAGGGUACAUACUGGCAAGUUUCCAUUUGGUACUCAGCUGGAGGGGGAAAAUGUAUUUUAUUUAUUUGUCUCCAAAUAAAUCACGGCAUCCUGGUUGUCCUUUGGGAAAUGACACAGCUAAAAUCAGGCAUUGACCAUUUGGACCCUUAACUAUGUAACUUGUAUAAUUGUAAAUAAAUAGAUA